ACAGUUUCUCGGAGCCAGAGCCCAGGACCACUAAGGUGACGAUACAAUCUCACGGACGAUCCAGCACCGCCUCAGAGGCGCAUACACCGGCUCCCGAAUCGCUCCAGACGACGUAUCCUCCUGUUAGUGCAGAAGAUGGUCAGAAUGAGGAUACCGUCAGCCAGGUUGCCGAUGCAGACGUGGCGGGUCACGUCAGUGCUAUGGUCUCGCAUCUCGGUUACUCCGAGGGAAGCAAGUACAAUCUGUUCAGUCUGAUGAAGAAGUUCGACCUGUUAGGCACUGAAGCACACUCGGUCGAUGCGACAGAACGUGCGCUGCGGAGUGCGGAAUCGCAAAUUCGGAAAUGCCUAGAAAUUCUCCCGAAGCGACCCAUCAUCAAUUGCCUCAUACAGCACUUUUUCGAAGAAGUGAACUGGAUAUCAGAACUAAUUCAUCCCCCGAUGUUUCUCAACCGCUACGAGCAAUGGUGGAAAACCUUUCCUGGAGCAAGCGUGGACAGUCUCGAAUUCGGCGUUUUGAUACUUCGAAUAUGCGCGUUGAGUGCGCAGUUCAUCCCGUCUCGGUCGUACGGCGAGGGGAGGGUCCUGGGAAUACCGGUCAACACCGUGCGACUGCAUUGUCGAAAUCUCUCCCAGCGUCUACAGAAAUUGACGGAUCACAUCAAGGGUGCUAAGACUCUCGCGUCGGUGCAACAUUUGUUUUACUGGUGCUGCUACUUGGAGAAUGAGGGUGCGAUUACCGAUGCCUGGUACGCUCUUGGUGAUGCCAUUCGGGUUUCGCAGGACGUUGGAUUACACCUGCCCGGAUGCACUCUCCUCGAGGGUUCUAUCAACGAUGUGGAGAAAGAUUUGAGGAGGAGAUGCUUCUGGACUCUCUUCACUUGGGAUAAAUAUUUCUCCCUUAUAUUGGACCGGAAACCGUGGAUCCAGUACGACGUUUCGGAUAUUAGCUUUCCUGUCAUGCGCAUCAUCUCUGGCGUACCAAAGGCUAGCCCCGAACAGCCCGAUGCCUUCACCGAACGGCUACUAGAAGCCCGACUCGCCAAACUCUGGUCAUCCUCUUUCCCUAAUGGACCGCCCAAUGACGGCAUAUACGACGUCUGCGCCGCCGAAGAAUUCUACGAAAAAAUCUGCAAGAUUUACAUUCCAGAUCUACCACCUGUGUUUUCUCUUCGCGAUCCGGACACUAAGUGGGACUCGGACCUUCGUAUGCUUCCACGACAGAGGCAGAUGCUUCGCAUAUCGAUCUACGCUUCGACCUGUCAGCUGUUUCUGCCAUUGCUACAGCUUGAAGAAGGGCAGAUUGCGAAUCUGCCACAAUAUAAGAAGGAUAUAUUGCUAUCCCAACGGCAUCGGCUAGUUGAAGGAGCCAUGCGCCUGCUCGAUGGAGUAUUUACUCUGCACGACCUUCUCGGCCGAAGACCUACGGCCCUAUUCUUACUGAGCUACUUCUCUUUCCAUGCUGCGGUUGUGCUAUCGAUGCAUCUCAUCUGGACAGUCAGCACAAGGGGCCACCAUCUUGGUGGUCAGCAUGACCUAUACGGCAUAGCCUCUGCACUUGACAGCCCAGGGUCAUCUCCGAGGCGCCGAGGAAUCGGGUGGCGGCACCGCGAAUAUGUCGACAAAGCUCUACGGCUUCUCUAUGACCUCGAAGGCGUGAGCAUCAUCGCCAAGCUCGCCGUACCACAGCUAGAAAAGGUAAUCGCUAAGCUGGAAUCGAUGGUCCCUCCAGAGCAAGAAGUUGCGCAGCAAAUUUCCGCUGACGGCAACGGCAUCGCCUCAGUACAAGCAAGUAGCAACUGGCUCGGUUUUGAACUAACAUCGGGCGAAGAUAGUGCCCAGGGCACGGAAAGCGAACAACGAUACCAUCAAGCGAAUCUCCCCACUCCGGCCUCCAAGGCACGCUCACCAACUCAGGAGUCGAAUAAUCCUCUUUCCACAUAUUCCGACGCAUCGCUCGACUCUACCCUCGGCGGAUCCGUAAUGUCGCACAUGGAUGACAUGUUUAGCUUUCCAAUAGACUUUGAAGGGCCCUUUGAUCACUGGGCAGGGCUGCAGGAGGCUGGAUUGGGAUUGCCCAUCCCACAUAUGCAUACGGAUGUUGACGAUUCACGAUAUCAAGCAACUUCACAGCCAUAUGUGCAAGAUGGAACUCAGGUUCCCGGGUAGGACUGUUUUGCGGAUCGAUUCUGAGUAAGAAAGCUACUUGUGCACGCCAUGGGGAUCUCGGACCAGACCAGCUCUUGAGCAGACGCC